AGCUUAAAGAUAUCUCUUUUUUCUUGCUGGCCUCAUACACUCCUCAUCUUUAUCACGCUUUGUUUGUAAGGCGUGUAAACCAAAGUGCAGAAUCAGCUUCAAGAUUUAUGUUGGAUUUAUAUUCAAAUUCGAUUUAAAUGUGCAACUAACCAAUAUACAAUAAAUAGCUUAGAAUGAUUAGUGAAACUGAUGCGGCAAUACAUGCUGAAGAAGCUAAUCCAAGUGUGGCACUAAUUAGUGUUAAACAACUUUAUGAUAACCAAACUUCCACUGAAGGUGACUCUGGGGGUAGAACACCAGUGAAAUCACUAAUUCAUCACUUUAACAAACCAGACCCAAACCAAGAAGAUGCUACUGGAUCCACAAAGCAAAAACAGAAAGAUGGUAGAUUGGAAAAGACUCAUAUCAGUAAGCAACUAGCAGAUGUUAAAGCCAGUGAUAGUGAACCUGUAAUACAUGCCGUAUUACCACAAACUGUAUCAGAGCAGCCAACACCUAUGAAAGUAAAGACUGCUGAUCCAAGAACAGGACGUACAAUUGUUUGUUACGAGGUCACAGGCCCAGACCACAACAGUUCCCCUGAUACAUCCAAAGACACUUCUCAGAAAGAAAAAAUCAUAAAAGGAGUUGAGGGACCAGACAACAUCAGUGCCCCUGAUACAUCCAAAGACACUUCUCAGAAACAAGAAAUCAUAAAAGGUGGUGAGGGCCCAGACCACAACAGUUCCCCUGAUACACCUAAAGACACUGAUCAGAAAGAAAAAAUCAUUAAAGGAAGUGAGGGUCCAGACAACAUCAGUUCCCCUGAUACAUACAAAGACACUUCUCAGAAACAAGAAAUCAUAAAAGGUGGCGAGGACCGGCCAAAACUGUCAAAAGAAAUGGAGUGCAAAGAUGAUCUAAGCAUUCUUCUUGUUGGACAUACUGGCCAUGGCAAAAGUGCAACUGGGAACUCCCUUCUGGGAAUCACAAGAGAAGAAGGAUUUUAUGAUGAAAUGAGUCGUACAUCUGUUACAGACCAGUACAAGAGGCUGCUGUCUACUGUGACAUUGACCUUAAAGCAAGCGGCAUGGCUGUAA